AUGAGUAAUGCCCACAUAAAGUCAUCAGGCACAACCACAUCAAGUCUUCAGACAUGCCCACAUAAACAGUCGUCAGACACAACCACAUCAAGUCUUCAGACAUGCCCACAUAAACAGUCGUCAGGCACAACCACAUCAAGUCUUCAGACAUGCCCACAUAAACAGUCGUCAGGCACGACCACAUCAAGUCUUCAGACAUGCCCACAUAAACAGUCGUCAGACACAACCACAUCAAGUCUUCAGACAUGCCCACAUAAACAGUCGUCAGGCACGACCACAUCAAGUCUUCAGACAUGCCCACAUAAACAGUCUUCGGGCACGACCACAUCAAGUCUUCAGACAUGCCCACAUAAACAGUCGUCGGGCACAACCACAUCAAGUCUUCAGACAUGCCCACAUAAACAGUCGUCAGGCACGACCACAUCAAGUCUUCAGACAUGCCCACAUAAACAGUCGUCGGGCACGACCACAUCAAGUCUUCAGACAUGCCCACAUAAACAGUCGUCGGGCACGACCACAUCAAGUCUUCAGACAUGCCCACAUAAACAGUCGUCAGGCACGACCACAUCAAGUGUAGACAUGCCCACAUAA